AUGACUGAGGUGAAGUCAAAGUCGCCUGAAGUUGGCGAACUAUGGAGCCUCGGUGGAACCGCCAGCAUGAACGAGUUUGCACUUAGGCCGGGAAAAGUGGGGCUCUGGUGGAUGCAGGUGGGGCGACACGGCGGACUGCCACAGCCAGCAACGCCAGUAUUCGGUGCCAAGGCCGCUGAAAGCACCCUUAAAACCCCUGAAAAACAGUGGCUCCGAUGA